AUGUCGAUGGGACACUGUCAGCUCAUCAUGAGGGCCUGGAUCAUCCAGCAUGAGCUCGUGUCUGUCUGUGUCACAGCUCUGCUCAAAGGGAAGAAAGUUGCCUUCAGUGACUUCUUACACAAACUUGUCUCCAGUCAACAACUCUGCCAACAUUUGGACACCCAGAAAAUCCUGCGGCGACAGAGCACGCUGAGAAAAGAGAAGGACCAGAAAAGCCCCGUGAGCUCAGUGGACACAGAAACCUCUCAGAUGAAGCCGUCAGACUUUGACUACCUCAAAGUUAUCGGCAGAGGAAGCUUUGGAAAGGUGCUGCUUGCAAGACACAGAGAACAAGGGGGCUACUAUGCUGUGAAAGUGUUGCAGAAAAAGAUGAUCGUCAAGAGGAAAGAGCAGAGGCAUGUGAUGGUUGAGAGGAGCGUACUGCUGAAGGGGCUGCAACAUCCAUUCCUAGUGGGACUUCACUUCUCCUUCCAGACGCCGAACAUGCUCUACUUCGUCCUGGACUAUGUCAAUGGAGGGGAGCUUUUUUACCAUCUCCAGAGAGAGGGCUCAUUUCCUGAAGCAAGAUCUGCUUUCUACGCUGCAGAGAUGGCCAUGGCGCUCGGCUACCUCCACUCUCUUGACAUCGUUUACAGAGACCUUAAACCAGAGAACAUCCUGCUGGACAGCGAGGGUCACGUGAUGCUGACGGACUUUGGGCUGUGUAAAGAAGGCGUGGCCAUAGGUGGGAUUAUGCACACAUUCUGUGGGACUCCAGAAUACCUCGCUCCAGAGGUGCUACAGGGCUGCCCGUACAGUCCAGCAGUGGAUUGGUGGGGACUCGGUACUGUGCUUUUUGAGAUGCUCUUUGGACUGCCUCCAUUCUACAGCCUCAGCAAAGCAGAGAUGUUCGAGAAGAAACUCUACGCUCCUCUGCAGCUGGGGAGCGGGGUGUCUCAGGCGGCACGCUCACUGUUAGAGGGCUUGCUGGACAGGGACGUCACCAAACGCACAGGGGCGAGCCGUGACCUCGAGGAGCUGCAGGAACAUCCUUUCUUUGCCUCCAUCGACUGGGACGACCUUCUGGCCAGGAGAGUGGAACCUCCCUUCAUCCCAAACGUGUCUGGUCCCUGUGAUAUCAGCCACAUCGACCCGGAGUUCACGCUACAACCCAUCCCUGCAUCCGUGAACGAGCGGUGCCAGGCGAGCGCUGCCAGCGAGGCCUUCCCAGGAUUCUCCUUCAUGAACCCAGUGGAGUACAUGACACCACAACCUGUUUCAUAACCACAACGAAUCCUCCGGGAGCAUAUUUGUUCAAAUAUUUAUUUUUUUUAUAUCAUAAAUUAUAAAAUCAAGGCUAUUUUUAAACAUAUUCUUACACUAAUACAGCAACACACUGUAUGUUUCACUACUUCCACUUAACUAAAUGAUAUGUUUGAAUAUUUUAUUACCGUUAUUUUAACUGUAUUGGUUCAUCCUGUGAAAUAGGCUGGUCACUAUUUCAGUCCUUGCUACUUCACUGUAUAAAAGGGCAUAAAACAAAAAACACAAAGAUGUUUCAUUGUUCAACACUUGACAUUUAAAUUUUUGAAUAACAAUAGAUAUUGCAACCUUCCCAUUCAGCUUUUACAUUCACAGUCUACAAAGGUAAAAUACUUUACAGGCCGCAUUUAAAUCCCACACAGUGACAGAGGGAUUGUGCAUUAGAAGAAAAAUACAGAGAACUCACAUCUCCUUGUGAAUUCUUUGGACCCAGCUCUGACUUAAACCGGUUUUAGACACAUUUAACUUCAUUUAUAAAACUCAUUUAAAAUAACUUGGUGGACCAAAGUGCUUUACAAGUAAAAGCAACGACAAGAAAACAGUAACAUGCAAAAUAUAAUGAUACUAAUGAUUAACCUGAUUAACCUUCUCAACUUGAAAAGAAGGCCAAAGAGAAGAGAUGUGCCUUUAACAAUGAUUUGAAGCGUGUGAGAGAGGGGGCAGAACCAAUAUGAAGUAGUAAACUGUUCCACAAGCUUGGGGCCUCUCCUGCAAAGGCUCGGUCGCCUCUUGUUUUUUCAAGUCAACAUCUUCAUCGGUGUCUUCUACGUGCAUGACACCUCUUUUACAUCCUUGGAAAUUUGUAUUCUCAAGGUUUUUUUUGUGUUGCAUCCAUUAUGUCAUCAACGCAGCCACUUGCUGGCUGUGAAUUCUCCAGAUAUUUUUCUGCUGCGUUCUGUUUGACUCACUUGGAUGUAUUCCAGACAUUUUCCUGCCAGCAAGUAAAAUGUCUGGAUUCAGUUCGUGUCUGAAUGCAUCUUUAAUACGUGAAGGUACGUUUUUUCUAGGAACGAGCAAAGGUGACAGAAAAAGCAAAACACUGGAUAAUCUAAUUGGUGUCUCAAGAUGAGAGCAUGUGGUCUGAUCCCUUCUAAUCCAUUUGACGUGUGUUAAUAAAACGUAAUCAAUAAA